UGUGAUUGGUCAGCGUAGGUGGAAGUGUUACAAACGGUGUCAUUCACAAAGAAACACGAAUACGUUACAAUAGUGACAAAGAAUGCAAUUAACUUUAAAAUAGUAUUUAGAUAAUUUUUUCAGACAGUUGUACUCACGGACCUUAUGAAGUAGGCUACACGUAAAACCAAUUCUGGGGCGUAUUUUCCAUCUCUAAACUGAUUUAUCAGGAGAUCACACUUCAAGAGAUUGUUUUAAAGGUACAUUUUAUGUCGAAGAGUUAAAGCUGUUGCCUUGUAAACUUUUAUAGUUUGUCAAGUUGUAAACCGGAUUACAAACUUUCACGAGUCUACAGUUAUAUGGUUUCAAAAAUGUCCUCUAAAAUGGUGGGCUCAAACAACCUGGCACAUGCUAGGAGGAUGGUACAGCAACUUAGAGUCGAGGCCAGUAUUGAGAGGAUAAAGGUAUCCAAGGCCUCUGCUGACCUCAUGCGUUACUGUGGAGAACACGCCAAAUACGACCCCCUUCUCAUGGGCAUUCCUGCCUCAGAAAACCCCUUCAAAGACAAAAAACCCUGCAUUAUAUUGUAGUGUACCAAGCACUAAUCUUAUUUAAUUACUUCUACUCAACUUUGCCUUAAGUCCAGCUCUAGCUCCUUAGUAUAACUUUGUGCCAUGUCUUAACUGUAUUUAGCUCUUACAGUAUUUAUUACUGUAAAUAAACUUCAAUCAGUACUAAUGAAUUGCUAUUUUUGUAAUGAUUAGCAUUGCAUCUCAUCUUUACCAGCAUCACUUGUCUUUUUUUUUUUUUUUUUUUUGGCCAAAC